UUACCCUCCCCAGACCCCACUUGUGGGAUUAUACUAGGUUGUUGUUGUUGUUGUUGUUGUUGUUGUUGUUGUUGUUGUUGUUGUAUUAAUAAGGAAAUAAUGUCACCCAAAAUGGAACAGAGAGUAAUUUGUUUGAUACGGAGGAAAGAAUAAUAUUCUCUCUUGAUUAAUGUGUUCGUGGAUAUAUUUCCUGGAAUAAUUGUAGUGUUCAAAAGCAUGCAUUUAGACAUUGUAUAAUGAUGUUCUAGCUAACAUGUAAUUGGUUCUGUUAGCAGUUAUAUUCAUCGAGAAGUGUUGCUCUAGAACAUUCUUUCUUUCUGAUAAUAUCUUGAUCCAAAAUGUUGUAUACAUAGAGUUCAAAACCGGUCCACUGUUCUAAAUUACAUGAUCUAACCAUUUGAUGUUCAAAACUGCAUCAGCAAAUUUUUGCUGUUCUCCUUUGCAAUUAAGUGUCUAUGUUCCCAUUACAAUUUGGUAUAACAGGUUGCAGGACCAUAUGGGCUUUCCCCCACACCUGCAAGACGUGCUCUUUUUAUUUUCUAUCAGUCAGCCGUUCCAUACAUUGCAGAAAGAGUCAGGUUCAUCUACAUUUUCCAAGAGACUUCAUAGAAAGACUUCUAGAGUAGCUUCCCGUGGCAUCACCCUUGCUGAUUCAAUGGCCGACUAUACAUUUGGGGACGUUCGUUCUUCAAGCAACGAAGCUGAGGCAUCAGCGACUGUUGAGAUACAGUCAUCUUCAACAUCCACUCCAUCAAUUUCAGCUCUUUCAAGAUUAAAAGCCAAGAUAAGGGAUUUCUGGUUGUAUGCAGUUCGAAGGUGGCCUUCGGUGCUUCCUCUUGCUCGUGAGGUCUUGCAAUUGGUCAUCCGGACCAAUCUCAUGUUCUUCUAUUUUGAAGGAUUUUAUUAUCAUAUAUCAAAACGUACUGCGGGCAUUCGCUAUGUGUUCAUUGGCAAACCUAUGAACCAACGACCUAGAUAUCAAAUACUAGGGGUCUUCCUUCUAAUUCAAUUAUGUAUUCUUGCGGCUGAAGGUCUGAGGCGUAGUAGUUUAUCAUCCAUUUCAGCUUCUGUUCAACAAGCACCCUUUGGAACCUAUCAGACUUCCACAGGCCGAGGUUUACCUGUUUUAAAUGAGGAAGGCAAUCUAAUUACUGCUGAAACUGGGAAGUCUGGGCUGGUUGAAUCCACAUCAACCUCGGAGUCACAAGGAAGCAGUCCAAGCAAAUGCACGCUUUGCCUAAGCAGCCGCCAAGAUCCAACAGCCACACCUUGUGGUCACGUGUUUUGCUGGAACUGCAUAAUGGAAUGGUGCAAUGAGAAGCCUGAAUGUCCUCUUUGCCGUUCUCCUAUAACACAUUCAAGCUUAGUUUGUCUGUAUCACUCAGAUUUUUAGUCAUGGAUUGGUCAGAUAUUGCAAAAAGAUUGACUGCAAAUAAAUCACCAAGGCCGGGUCUGUUCUCAAUGUUUCAGACCCUGAAGCUCCUGGAAGCCAUAUUGGGGUAAAAAGGGUGGUUGUGAGCUGUGGAAAGGAGAGUUUUGCUAUUGAUUUACCAAAGUUAAUCAGGUUAACUUUUGUGCUAUGCACAAUGGUGUAGCAGAUCAAUUUGUCGAAAGCAACCACAUAACAGUGUUCCUCGUCUUACACAAUACCGCUACUUGUCUUGCACUGAAGAAAAAGCGUUGGAUUUCCAUCAUAAGAAGUUAUCUCUGCUGUUCCGUAUAUUGUUGAUUUUACAUGUGCUUCGGGACCGGAUUGAAUGGAUAAAGUUGCGACAGAAUCAAUCAUUGUUGAGGUAUGACUGGUAUUUGUGAUAUAUGACAAGAUUACAUUUUCACCUGUGAUAUUCAAAAAUUAGCCUUUUCAACCUCAAAAUUAUAUUAUGUGGAGGUGUUACAAAUAACUGUCUCUGGUUUUCUAAACCAAAAGAGGAAAAUAUGCACCUUCCUUUAUUUACUUCUCAUCCUAUGCUUCUAUUGCAAUAGAAAUACAUUUCAUUGCUUGGUCUA